AUGACCAGCCAACGAUCGCGAUCCGCUACACAACUGCGUGCCCUGUACGCUUCACGAAGAUCACGCAGCGUAUCGUUAGCAGAUGGGCCAGGAUUUCUUUACGCCUUCGUUGAAUACGGUCAUCGUUGGAAAAUCGGGAUGACCAACAGCUACAAUCGGCGGAAAGCCGAAUGGGAUCACCUCGCAUCCAGUGCACACAAUAGUUUCUACGAUAAGGUGGUAGGCGUCACAUCGAGAAAUUCAUCUUCCUUGGAAAACGGAGACGCAUUUGGCGAAGGAAGAUUCGGCCAGUGCUUGUGCGUGCUGGAUCUUCGUAAAGUGAUUAUGCGUAAAGCUCUCGAAUUGCCCGCAAACAAUCAAGAACUACUGGAGAUCUCAAGGCCCAUUGAAGAUUGUUGA